AUGGAGAAUCCAGUGGCUGAAAUCCCUACCGUCAUUCGUCUCUUGACACAAUCGCCGCCAUCGGUGCAAGAAACCGUUCUCGAGCGAUUCUUCACCAGCAAUGCAUCCUUUGUCCAUCCCUUCUGUCGAGUUCCUAGCUUUGAAGGGAGUCGAUGGUGGGUGGCAAAGAUCUUCCAGUGGUACAAGAUCAUGUCACCUCGGAUUGAACUGGAAAUCCAUUCUAUUGCAUUCGAUGAGGAAAAGCUCAAGCUUUAUGUAAACAUGUCCCAAAUUUUCUCGAUCUGGCUCAUUCCUUUCCAUGUCGCUCCUGCGACUCUUACGACGGUUCUGGAUUUGACAUCUGAGCCGGUUCAAAGCGAUGCUACAACCAAUGGGGAUCGCAAGCUCUAUCAUAUCUCCAAACAAGAAGAUUUGUAUCAGUCGUCGGAGUUUGUCAAGUUCAUCAUGCCACAUGUCGGCUAUUGGCUUGUGUACGGGUGGCAUCUCAUUGCGACACUGUUUUGUGUUCUUGGUGUGACUUUGCUUUGGCCUAUACUAUGGCUGGAGGAGAACCGCUAUAUCCCAGGACGUUUCUUGCGCGGUGGAAAUGUGGCUACGAAUAUGGACAAGAAAAUCCCGGAUAUCAAAGAGCAUUAG